UUCAGUCUCAAGCCGUCCACUUCGAAAGCCUGCGUACCGAAACCGCUCUCAAGCAUUUUCCUUCACGGUUUUUUACACUGUAUAUUGAGCUUUCGCCGAGUUUGCGCAUUGAGUUUUCUUUUGAGACCCGUCGUUCAAUCGUUUCCCUUUUUUUUGUGUUUUUUGUACUUUUGUUUUUAAUCAUACAUGUGGUUAUCAGGACUAAAGGCGAAAAGUGAUUGUUGGACUUAUUAAACUGAAGUAAAGUGUCCAGUUUUCUUGGAGAAUUUUCCGGCUUUGACUGACGAUUUUUCAUUUUGGAUUCCCUCUUCGUAAAGGACGACUAUCGACGCCAAUUUCCAUUGACGACGUCGUCAUUCAUUUCGGCGCAGACGCCGGUAUGUUCCACUCGUCGGGGGCGGCGACGGGAGGCUACGGCACCGACUCAUCCGCCGCCGGUUUUCACCACCAGCACCUGCAGCAGUCCCCCGUGUACGUCCCCGCUGGUGGCCGAGGAAUGGCCCAGUAUGCCUCACCGGCGGGCGGACAUUUUGGGGCUGCUGCAGCCCAUCAGUCCUCGUGGCAUUCCCAUGCCGGUGGUUAUGGAGAUGUUGGAAAUCCUGCGGCUCACGGUUUGGGGACGAGUCCGCAUCAUGCCGGGGCUUUGUCUGCGGGACAGUUUUAUGCCCAGAACAUGAUGAUGGGCGGUUGGAGAGCGUACGAUGGUGCCGGGUUUCAAAGGACUUCACCGUAUGACAGUAUGGAAUUUCAGUUCGGGGAGGGCAGGGAGUGUGUCAACUGUGGUGCGAUAUCUACACCGCUCUGGCGCAGAGAUGGUACCGGACAUUAUCUCUGUAAUGCCUGUGGUUUGUACCAUAAAAUGAACGGAAUGAACAGACCUCUUAUCAAACCGUCAAAACGACUGACUGCAACUCGACGGCUAGGAUUGUGUUGCACUAACUGCGGCACAAGGACGACGACGCUCUGGCGUCGAAAUAACGACGGCGACCCUGUGUGCAACGCCUGCGGACUUUACUUCAAGCUCCAUGGGGUGAAUCGACCCCUUGCGAUGCGCAAGGACGGCAUUCAAACACGAAAACGGAAACCGAAGAAACCGGCUGGUGGGGACCGAGAUGAAAAUGGUUCUGCCUCCGUGGACGACUCAAAACCAAACGUGAUUCAACACAACUCCCAGCAAUCGUCCCAAUCAACUACCUCCAAUACUCACAAUUCUCAUCAUAUGGAAGAUUCAUCAAAAGGAUCCCCUAUCGAACGUCCUUAUUUGGGUCAAACGUCCCUCCUUUCAGCCGCUUCGAACGGCAUUAAAAGUGAGCCUGGAUACGACUACAGCUGCCUUCAAAACCAGUCGUAUCCAUUCCAACAAGUGUUCGGAUUCGGUGCCUCACCAGGAGGCAAUGAUGUAGCUUAUCACCAUCAGCACCACGUAACUGCCGCUGCUAAACUUAUGGCAUCAUCUUAGUCAGAUACUUAGAACUAUUUAUGUAAUUUUGUGACACACUGUAUCUAGUUCUAUUAAUGAAACGUCAAGAAGACUGCAUGUUACAGUAGAAUGAAAGAAAACUCGAAGACUUAGACCAAAAAAAAAAAAAUACAAAUUAGGCUCUUUGGUUUUGGUUUACCAACGGACGAAGACGAAAUAUACGCAUACUUAAUACAUGUACUUAUGGCUAAUACGUUGUGACAAAGGUUAGUGCCCAAAAAUUCAUCGUUUUCUGGCGUGGAAUUUUUUACAAUUGUCAAAGAAAAUAAAAUAGUAAAACCCAAAAUCUCAUAUAAAAACUAGAAACGCGUCUGGACAUUCAAUUUUAAGUUUUAGUCUCCUAUUUAGUUCAACACCACAGAACUCCAUUUGAUUUUCUUGUACAAUUUUCAGGGGAUAAUGGUUUUAUUUAAAAGGAACAAAAUUACACAAAAAUUGUUUUAGAGAGAAGGCACUUGAAUAUAAAUAAGAAGUAACAUGAUGUUUAGAAACUACACCCUGUAUAAGUAUUCAUUACUCAAAACCAAAAAUUGUUCCACUUCUUUAAUGAAUUGAGCUUUUCCCAAAAACAAUUGAUCAGCAUUAUCAGUAGUUAUACAAUAAUAAAUUGUUUUAGAAGACACGAAUACAUACAAAUACACAUAUGUGCUAGUCAUUUUCGACAGCGGAAGAUUAAGCUAUAAUGUUGUACACCUGUUACGGUUAAUAUGCGUACUUGCAAGUUUUAAAUUAGCUGAAUGGUAUACAAACUAUCCAAAUCUUUGGCUUGAUGGAUAUGCUAAGAGAGUGCUGUUGUUGUCAUACACCUCCUUCGUGAGUGUUGUCUUCUCUUACCGUAAUCUUAUGACCAUAAACAUAUCAGUCAAACCAGACAUUUGGACAGUAUUUUGUAGUUUAUUUACAAAUUAGCCAAGUAAGCACAUUAACCGUAUGACGUAAGAUGUACAUACAGCUAAAACACAACACAUACACAAACAAUUUUGUUUUUUUUUGUGAUUCUACUAUUACUGUAUUCUAUUUAUUCGUAUCAAUAUGAUAAGCCCAUACGUUAGAGGCCGUUCAAUCACAUAAAAUCCUGUGCAAUGAAGUUUCAUUUUUAAUUGAAAAAAUACUUUGUUGUAAAGUUUUGUAAAUAGUUUUCGUUCGACUAUUACUGAUAGGUAUAGUGCAUAUACAUAAUUCACGUAGUUUUGUGAUUUUUACGAAAAUAUUUAUCGAUACUUAUCCACAUUACACACGGACCUUUUAAUUUAAGAAAACUUAUAUCAAAUAUCGUCUUGCUUAUUGUUUCCGUACUAUUACACAGAAGAACAUUGCUGAUAAACAAGUAACUACACGUUAAAGAAAUAACACUUGAGCAUCUUUCAAAAAACUGAGUAGGUACGGACCUGACUUAUUGGAAAAUAUUUUGGAAUAUUCAUCUGUGCUUUUAUUGUCAAAUUUAGUGGGUCUUCUUUCUUGUUACAUAGUACAAGUUUGGUAGUUAAUAAUAAUGCUAGGGGUUAUUUCUUUAAUUUAAAAUGUACCCUUUUUGACAGUAAUUCAGUUUUGUACAAAGUAUAUUGUAGUGUUGUAGCUGACGUAAGUGUUAAUAAAUUGUACUUAUUUAAU